AUGGGCUAUGUCUUAGAUGGUGAUUGCCGUUGUUCUCCGAGCAACGCCAAGCUUGUUGUAACUCUCCAUCUCCUUCCACAAGCUUGGCACUGUGAAGGGAUUGACGGAGAAGACGAUGACCCUCCUCACCUUCCCGGCAAAGAUGACGACCCAUCUCCCCUUCCUACACUGGCCAUCCUCCUCUUCCCGGCGACGAUGACGACGAAGAAUCUGAGGUAG